AUGUCGAAUCUAUUCGAAGGAAAAGUCAUCGCCGUUACAGGUGCCGGCUCAGGUAUGGGCCUUGAAACUGCCAGGCUCCUUUCAGCACGAGGCGCCUGUGUUGCCAUGUGUGAUGCCAAUGAGGAAACACUUUUGAAGGCUCGAGAUUCAAUACUGGAGACGUUGCCUCUGAACAGCGGCUCCAGGCUGCGAGCCUCGGUGGUGGACGUACGUCAACGGAAGCAGGUCGACGACUGGAUGCAGGAUUGUGUCGACCACUUCGGCAAACUUGAUGGAGCGGCGAACAUAGCAGGGAUAUCUUUUGGAGGCAUACCCAUCGAGGCCAUGACCGACGAGGUAUUCAAAAGAGUAAUCGACAUCAACCUGACCGGCAUUAUGCACUGUAUGAGGGCACAAAUUCCAAAGAUUUCACCCAACAGUGGAAUCGUGAAUGUCUCGAGUCUAGCAGGUUUUCUCUCUUUCGGAGAAGACUCACCUUACGUGGCUUCCAAGCAUGGAGUCAUUGGACUUACGAAGGCUGCCGCACAAGAAGUCGGGGACAGGGGCAUUCGUGUGAACUGCGUCGCACCGGAAUUCACUCAGACACCGAUGCUGGAAGCAGCAGGCCUCGUUGAUGUCAAAGGGCUCAGUCAGCUUGCAAUCAAGCGAGUAGGAAAACCUGCUGAAGUGGCAGAGCUUAUAGCUUUCUUACUAUGCGAUGCCGCAUCCUACAUUACAGGUAGCGUAAACUUCAUCGAUGGCGGCUGGAUGAGUUCCUAG